AGAGCCCCACCCCCACCUGCCCCAGUUAACACCUGCCCCGCGGAGGAGCAGGGACAGUCUCCCAGACCCGACCGAUGGAGGAGGCGCAGGACACACGCGAGCUCCGUGGCGGGAUGGAGGCCGAGGAGCCCGCGAGCCCCCAGUCGCCACCGUCACCGCCUCCACCGCCGACGCGGCUGUCGCCCGUGGCCCCGGGGAGCCCCGCGCUGUCCCCAGCGGAGCAGCCGUCCGAGGCCUACGCGCGGCAGCUGCUGCUGGAGGAGUGGGGGCCGCCGGGCGGGAGCCUGCAGCUGCCGCCGGGCCUCACCUGGAAGCUGCUCUUCCUGCGGCGGCCGCUCUACCGCAACCUGCUGCGCUCGCCCAACCCCGAAGGCAUCAACAUUUAUGAGCCAGCACCCCCUACUGGUCCCACACAGCAGCCCCUGGAGGCUCUGGGCAACUUCCACGGGUGGCGCAUCAGCACCGAGAAGCUGCAGCACAACCGUAGCUGGACGGUGAAGCAGCAGUGUGUGGACCUCUUGGCAGAAGGCUUGUGGGAGGAGCUGCUUGAUGAUGAGCAGCCGGACAUCACGGUCAUGGACUGGUUUGAGGACAGCCGGCUGGACACGUGUGUCUAUGAGCUGCACGUCUGGCUGCUGGCCGCGGACCGCCACACCACCAUCGCCCAGCACCACGUGGCCCCUCGGACCUCUGGGAAAGGCCGCCCCAGCUGCUGGGUCCAGGUGUCCCACGUGUUCCGCCAGUACGGCCCUGGCGUGCGCUUCGUCCACUUCCUGCACAAGGCGAAGAACCGGCUGGAGCCUGGUGGGCUGCGCCGGACGAGGGUGACUGACUCCUCUGUGUCCGUGCAGUUCAGGGAGUGACGGGCUGGCUCCAGGCCUGCUCGGACCCCUUCCUCCUCUCAUCCGCCCACCCCGACAGCUCCCUGACCCUUAGCACCUCCCUGACGCUCAGGACCACCCCGAUCCCUUAACACCUUCGGGACUCCGGACUCCACAGUUUCUCCCUGAUCGUGUACGGCCUCCUGGGCCCCUCCCUGGGUCCUGCUGGGUCCUCGGCUUCUCAUUCCACAUCUUCACACAUCCCUGAAUGUCCGACUCUAGCAUUUCCCCUGCACUCUCUGGAUCCACGAGGGCAGAGCCCCUUCUCCCUGAGUCAGUGCCUGACAGAUAGGAGGUGCUCAGUAAGUGCUUGUUGACUGAAUGAAUAAAUACGUGUGGCCAAGG